AUGCAAAACGGAGGUCGAAAUUACCGCAACGAAGUGGAGAGUUGUGGUUCACAAUUUGUCUUAAGCUUUACGGAAAUUGGAACAACAAAAAUACUCAUGGGCCCAAAAAAGGACUAUACCCCGUUUAUUGUAUGCUGGAGCAAGAACCCAUCUAGUCCUCAUUGUGGCUUAUGCAAUGUUCAGAAACUUAAAGGGUGUGAAGACUUUAAAGACCCUAGUUUAUCUCUUGAAAAUCAGACUGAUAAUAUCCUAAAAAACCGAAGAAGCUUGCUUUUUGAAGAGCAGGGUAAAUUGGCUUACAGCGGACACUUUUUGCCGUUAUCCGAUGCCGGAAAUUCUGGUAGCUCUUUUGUAUUCAAUAAUUUAUGA